AUGACAACAAAAGAUGAAAUGGAGCAAGAGACCACAAGAACAGAUGGGACAAAUCAUGAUGCCAAUGCCUCGCCUCGUCCUGUCCCGCCUUCUCUUUCCAGUACCCUGGCUCUCAUCUGGCGGCUGCUCUUCUUUCAACCCGUGUGGACAAAGGAAAACCAAAAACAGAAGAACGUCCGCUUUGUGUUCGUGAGGUUCAGCGCCUGGCACUUUGCCGGCAGUGACCUGCUCUGGGCGGGGCUGGUGAUGCGUCUGUGCGUGACGCUGCAACACAAGUUCGGCCGACUCCAGCUGGGCCUCUACCGCAUGUGUCAGCACGACGAGGAGGCAGCCGAACACAAGAAAGAGGUCACGGACGGAAAAGCCAACUGGAGCUCCAAGAAGAUCUGCUGCAUCCCUCUGCUGCUUCUCGUUGCCCUCGUCAUCACUGGAGCAAUGGUCAUCUUGGCUCUGCUCAUCACGUUCGGCUUCCCUGAACCAGAGGUUGAGGAAGAUGGGCAACCAGAAGCUGAAGAGAACGCAGGGUUUGGAGUGUUAGAAGGGUUUGCCAUUGCUGCCCUUGGGGUGCCGGCGGCCGGUGCGGUUCGAUUCAGCUUCAUGUUGGGGAAAAACCUGAUGGUCCACCAAGACUUCAACAUCCGACGUAAGAUGGACAACAAGAAGGUGAGCGGAAAACUGGGAUUCAUGAAUGUCGUGCGGAAGGAGAUGAAGCUGCUGUCUUGCUUCAUCCAUUUCAUGGAGGUCUUUGAGAGGAGGAAGAUUCGAGUCGUGCUGGAAAUCACCAACCUCGACCGCUGCACACCGGAGAAAAUCGUUGGCGUCCUGGAGGCCAUCAACAUCUUGCUGUCUGACGAAGAGAGUCCCUUCAUCUCUCUUCUGGCAGUGGAUCCUGAAGUUAUUGUGGAACAGGUAAACAACACUGACUGCCAAAAAGACCAAGCUUUCGGUUUCCUGGAUCGCAUCAUCACACUUCCAUUUACAGUGCCUCCGCUCUGCGACGCAUCUAAGUGGACUGUGUUCAAGAACAUUGCGUGUCGAUGCUCAGAAAUUCCAAUCGUAUCUCCUCCAAAAGAUGAUGAGAAACUCUGUGAGAGAUCUGAGAGUGGUGAGGGCAUGCAAUUACUUCCUCAAACCAACCAAACUGAAGAUCUGGAGGUGGAGGUGAAGGUGACGGGUACAGAUGACGAUGACGAUGACGAUGACGUUGACGUUUUCCAGACUAAAUUGCAUGAGUACCUCUCUGGUGAUACCAUGUCCAUGAGAAGAAUCAUCAACUCCUUCCGGGUGACUACCAUUAUUAUGGAGGAGCUCCCCAACUUCCAGUGUCUACCAGCAGAGAAGGUACAUGUAGCAGCCUGGGUGGUGUUGGCUGACCGCUGGCCCUGUCGCCUGAGCUGGAUUCUCCAGUGCAUUGAGGACAAAGAACAGAGAACAGAGAUUGACCAAGGAGAGGGCAUGGACAGCUCCAUGACGCUCUGGCAAGUCUUCAGUAAGCAUAGAACUGAGCUGAAGCUCAUGAAGGAAGCGGUGGAGGAUCUUCUAGAAAGAGAUGCUGACCCGGAGCUUUUCGAGAAGUUCCUGAAGGUGGACUUCCCUUUCACUGUGAGUGAGGCGGAGAGGUUUGACCAAAGCACCGUCAAUCUGGACGUUUCAAUCAAGAGGAAACUCGCCAGGGUUAGAGGGAGCAACAGAAGUCACGAGGAGAGCAAACCAGCUCCAACACAGUCUGGCAAGGCUAUCUGA